GGAAGAAGAGGAGAAGGAACCAGGAGAACCCGGCAAAAUAAUGGAAGAACCUGGGGAAGUUGACAAAAACCUCGAGGAGCUCAGGGCAGCGCUGGGAGCUCGAGACGCCAGGAUCGUGGAGCUGUCGGAGGCGCUGGAACAACGGGACAGGCGGAUGGCGGAACUGAACGCGGAGCUCGAGGAAUCCCGAAUACGGAUCUGGCGGUGUCUCGAGGAGCACCGGAAAGAGGAAGAGCAAGUGGCCCGGGUCACCCUGGACCCGCUCACCUCCCACCCUCGCCUGCUGCUGUCCCCGGACGGCCGCGGGGCGCGUUGGGCCUACGGCGGCUCCGAGGGCCCGUUCUGCGCCGUGGGGGUGAGCCGGGAGUCGGUGUCCCGCGGGGAGCCCGCGGCCUUCAGCCCCGGCGCGGGCGUGUGGGCCGUGCAGCGCUGGGGCGGGCUGGGCCGCGCCCUCACCAGCCCCCCGACGCCUCUGCCGCGCCUCCCCCGCCGCCUCCGCGUGGCCCUGGACUACGAGGGCGGGCUCGUGGCUUUCUUCGACGGGGACAGCGCCAGCCCCACGCCGCUGUUCGCCUUCCCGGCCGCCGCCUUCGCCGGGGAGCGCGUCCGGCCCUGGUUCUGGCUGGAGCUGGGCGCGGUCUCCAUCGAGCAGUGA